CUCCCAAAAACAGCUCUAAUUUAAUCCCAUUAUUAAUUAGGGAGGGGCUCCCUUCCUAAUCUCACACCCCCAUAUAAAGCCUCCACCACAUCCCCUCCCUCUCUUUAGUGCUCCUCCGCAACGCACAUUCUCUUCUAUUCUAUUCUCUUCUCCGGCGGAUGCGCGCCCGCUAGCCCGCUAAGCCAGCCAGGGCAACCCGUUUGCAGCGCGAGAUCCGCUUCUUCGCCUCCGGCAGCGACCGGGACCGGCGACCGACGAGCGAGCGGGGGAGGGGGGAGAGGAGAGGCCAUGCCGGUGACGGACUACCAGGGGUCGUCGUCCUCCCCGUCGCCCUUCUCCUUCGGGUCGCUGCUCUCGCUGCGGCGGGACCACACGGCCAUGCCGUCCGGGGAGGAGGCCGACCUCGAGCUGUUCCAGCGCCACCUUGCGGCGAACCUCGUGGAGCUUCUGCCGGCGGAGGGGGAAGGUGGGGGCGGGGGAGGUGGAGGGGAGGAGAUCCUCUCCGUCGCGUGGAUCCGGCGGCUGCUCGAGGCGUUCAUCCUGUGCCAGGAGGAGUUCCGUGUCGUGGUGGCCCAGGCGCGGCGCCGCGGCGGGGCGCUGCCGGCGGCCGGGGAGCGGCUGGUGGCCGAGUUCCACGAGAGGGCCGUCAAGGCGCUCGACGUCUGCAACGCGGCGCGGGACGGGGUGGACCAGGUCCGCCGCUUCGAGCGCCUCGCCGACAUCGCCGCAUCCGUGCUGCUCGCGCCCGGGGAGAUCCACGAGGGCCAGCUCCGCCGCGCGCGCAAGGCCAUCGCCGACCUCUCCGUGCUCCUCGUCGACGAGACGGGGUCCUCGGCCAGCGGGGGCGUGGCCUCCUUCCUCGCGUCACACCGCAACCGCUCCUUCGGCCGCGCGCGCGCCUCCCCGUCCCGCGCCGGCGGCUCGGCCGUCGGCUCCUCCUCCGCCUCCGCCUCCCAUUUCCGCUCCCUCUCCUGGAGCGUGUCCCGCACCUGGUCCGCCUCGCGCCAGCUGCAGGCCAUCGGCGCAGGGCUCACCGCGCCGCGCGCGCACGAGGGAGGCCUUGCCGCCCCUGUCUACGCCAUGGGAUGCAUACUCCACUUCACCGCCUGGGCGCUCGUCGCCGCCGUCCCGUGCCCGGACCGCUCCAGCGCGCUCCUGGCGCACCACCUUCCCGCCGCGCCGGCGCGCGCGGCAUUCCCCUGGGCGCCGCCUCUCCUUACCCUGCAAGAACGCCUGACCGAGGAGGGGAAGCGCAAGGAGAGGCGCACCGCCUGCGGCCUGCUCAAGGAAAUCCAGGUGCUUGAGAAAUCCACCCAGAAGCUCGCCGAUGCCAUCGACGCUGCCCCCAUUCCGCUCUUUGGGGACAGGGAGACCGAUUUGCGGGAGGCUGCCGCGGAGCUUGCCGCCGUGUGCGCAGCGAUGAGGGAUGGCCUGGAGCCGCUCGAGAAGCAGGUGCGUGAGGUGUUCCACCGCAUCAUACGCAGCCGCGUCGAAGGCCUUGACUCGUCCAUGCACAAUGCCGAUUGAUCCCAUCAAUUGAAGUCACGCCUUCGAUAUCAGGCAAUGUGGUGGUCAUAGGUAGCUUUCUGAUUCUUGGUUUGCUUGUUUCUGUUCCAAAUCGUAUUAAGUAUAAAUGUGUACCUUUGUGUAAAGGAAGGGGAUUAGAAAGGGGCCAUCUUGAUGCUAAGAUGGCUGCUUGGUUCUCCCAUGUUGUUUUGGUAUAUAUGUCGUCAAAUUUUUUGUUAUUUGUGUGCGUCUGCGGCUAAUUUCUGUUGUGAUUCAAUUUAUGUUCCUGAGCUCGCAAAGGUCACUCUGAUCUUUGCCAUCUUAGAUACGAAAACUGGAGAAAAAACAUUCUCCUGUAAAUGUAUCUGCAAGUUACAUUGUGGAUUUGUCAGUA